AUGGCAGAGAUCAAAAUUGACAAGAACCUCUUCCAAGAGCGGCUGUCACACUUCUAUUCAGCAUGGAAAGCCGACAAACGCAGCGGAGACGCGCUCUUUGGCGGCGCCUCUUCGAUCUUGGUGUUGAUGGGCAAGACCGAGGAAUCUGCACAGUUCCAGAAGAAUAACGCUCUUCACUUCUGGCUACUUGGCUAUGAAUUUCCCGCAACCCUGUUUCUGUUCACCUUGGAUGCCUUGUACGUCGUCACGACAGCGAAGAAAGCAAAGCAUCUGGAACCAUUGAAAGGCGGCAAGAUCGCUCUCGAGAUCCUUGUGCGGGGCAAAGACCCAGAGCAGAACGCGGAGCUUUUUAAAAAGGUCACGAAAUCCAUUACAUCUGCGGGCAAGAAAGUUGGCGUUCUACCAAAGGACACCUCGAACGGACCUUUUAUUGACGAAUGGAAGAAGAUCUAUUCCGAGAUCUCGGAUAAGGUGGAGGAGGUAGAUAUUGCGCCGGCUCUCUCAGGUGCUGCGUUGGCUGUGAAGGAUGAGAACGAACUGCGCGCAAUGCGAAAUGCCUCCAAGGCCUGCAUCGCCCUUAUGAACCCAUACUUUGUUGAAGAAAUGUCAAACAUACUGGACGAAGAGAAGAAAGUCAAGCACAGUGCUUUGGCCAACAAAGUUGAUAGCAAGCUGGAUGAGACGAAAUUCUGGACCACGGUCGAGCUCCCGAGCAAACAGAAGAUGCCUUCGGAUUUCGACCCCACACAAUUGGAUUGGACCCAUGGCCCCAUCAUACAAAGUGGUGGCAAAUUCGAUCUGAAGAUGAAUGCCCAGGUUGAUGAUGAGAUACUGCACCCCGGUGUGAUACUUGCCUCAAUGGGUCUCCGAUACAAAUCGUACUGUUCUAUGAUUGCUCGGACCUAUUUGGUUGAUCCGAACAAAUCACAAGAGAGCAACUAUAAGCUUCUCUUGCAGGUCCACAAUCUUGUCAUGAAGGAGAUUCGGGACGGUACACAAGUGAAGGACAUUUAUGGCAAAGCUCUGGCCCUGGUUCGCAGCAGGAAGCCGGAACUUGAAAAACAUUUUCUGAAGAACGUUGGUGCUGGUAUCGGCAUCGAGACACGGGACAGCACCUUGAUAUUAAAUGGCAAGAGCACACGAAUCCUGAAAGAUGGAAUGACGCUAUGUGUUACCACGGGAUUCAGCGACAUCGAAAACCCGAACCCCCAGGACAAGAAGAGCAAAGUUUAUUCUAUGGUACUUUCGGAUACCGUCCGUGUGACGUCUUCGGAACCGGUGGUCUUCACGGGUGAUGCUCCUUCAGAUUUGGAUGCAACCUCAUUCUUUUUCAAGGAUGAUGAGGAGCCUGACCCAACACCCAAGAAGGCAAAGAGAGACUCUACUGUAGGCGCCGUGGCGACCAAGAACAUUACCAAGACAAAAUUGCGUGCCGAGCGAACCACGCAAAUUGACGAAGGAGCCGAGGCCCGACGCCGGGAGCAUCAGAAGGAACUUGCAAGGAAGAAGCAAGAGGAGGGUCUUGCUCGCUUUGCAGAAGCUACCGGCGAUCAAAAUGGUGCGGCAGUGAAGAAGUUCAAGCGCUUCGAGUCAUAUAAGCGGGAUAAUCAGUUCCCCUCAAAGGUUAGGGAUCUUGCAAUUGUCAUGGAUCAGAAGAACUCGACAAUCGUACUGCCGAUCAUGGGUCGUCCAGUACCCUUCCAUAUCCAAACGAUCAAGAACGCAAGCAAGAGUGACGAGGGUGAUUAUGCCUACCUACGAAUCAACUUCUUAUCCCCAGGUCAAGGUGUUGGUAGAAAGGAUGAGCAACCUUUCGAAGAUGCUUCGGCCCAUUUUGUACGAAGUUUAACCUUCCGUUCCCAAGACGGAGACCGCCUCCAGGAUAUUGCAACCCAGAUCGGCAACAUGAAGAAAGAUGCUGUGAAGCGGGAGCAAGAAAAGAAGGAGAUGGAAGACGUCGUUGAACAAGAUAAGUUGAUCGAAAUUCGAAAUCGUCGCCCUGCUGUUAUGGACAAUGUCUUCAUUCGUCCUGCUAUGGAUGGCAAGCGUGUGCCUGGAAAGGUUGAAAUUCAUCAAAACGGUCUCCGAUAUCAAUCUCCCCUGAAUCCCCUUCAUCGAGUGGACAUUCUGUUCAGCAACGUCAAGCACUUGUUCUUCCAACCUUGCCAGCAUGAGUUGAUCGUUAUCAUCCAUGUUCAUCUCAAGGACCCUAUUCUCAUCGGAAAGAAGAAGACCAAGGACGUACAGUUCUAUCGAGAAGCUACCGACAUCCAGUUCGACGAGACCGGAAACAGAAAGCGAAAGUUCCGAUAUGGUGAUGAAGAAGAAUUUGAACAAGAACAAGAGGAACGAAGACGUCGUGCAGACCUCGAUCGCCAAUUCAAGGCGUUCGCCGAGAAGAUUUCAGAGGCUGGCAAGAACGAGAAUGUUGAUGUCGAUGUUCCCUUCCGUGAGCUUGGCUUCAACGGUGUACCUUUCCGAUCCAAUGUCUUCUGCCAACCUUCCACGGAUUGCUUGGUUCAACUAACCGAGCCACCCUUCAUGGUCAUCACUCUCGAUGAUAUUGAAAUCGCACACCUUGAACGUGUACAAUUCGGUCUGAAGAAUUUCGAUUUAGUCUUCGUUUUCAAGGAUUUCCAUCGACCUCCAUACCAUAUCAAUACGAUCCCUGUCGAAUCUCUCGAGAAUGUCAAAGAAUGGCUCGACUCGGUCAAUAUUCCUUUCAGUGAGGGUCCACUCAACUUGAACUGGCCCACUAUCAUGAAGACCGUCACUGCGGACACUCAUCAGUUCUUUGCUGAUGGCGGUUGGUCUUUCUUGGCCACGGAGACAGAUGACGAAGACGAGGACCAGGAGUCUGAAGAAUCCGCCUUCGAAAUGUCAGAUAGUGAACUCGCAGCUUCAGACGAGUCGAGUGAGGAUGACAGUGAUUUUGAUAGCAAUGCUAGUGCAGAGGCUAGUGAGGAUGGCAGUGACGAAGAGGAUGCGAGUGAGGGAGAGGACUGGGAUGAGCUGGAGAAGAAAGCGAAGCGGAAGGACAGGGAGAGUGGACUGGAAGAUGAAGAUGGUCCGAAGAAACGACGAAAGCACUAA